AUGUUCUGCAGCGGAUGGCUGGUUUGGUUCACGAGAUUUGCGCUGGUUUUCCUUCCUUCUGAAGCGGCGAAGCCUCACAUCAUUUUCCAUGUGAUUGAUGACUUUGGCUGGGAUGAUCCCGGUUUUCGAAACCAGCAGAUUUCAACACCGACCUUGAACAUGUUCCAUGAGAAGGGCAUCACUUUGAACCAGUACUAUGUCCAGCCCUCGUGUUCGCCCAGCAGGGCAACGUUCAUGAGUGGCCGCAUGCCGUUGCACACAGGCAUCAACGACUGGAUUCCCAACAAGGCUUAUGGAUUGCCUCUGGGAGAGACGACCUUGCCGCAGUUGCUCAGUACGGCCGGCUACAAGUGCCAUGCUGUGGGCAAGUGGCACUUGGGAUUUUUCCAGACAGAGUACACACCGACCUUCAGAGGGUUCGAUUCUUUCUACGGAUAUUACGAAGGCUCAGAGGAUUACUUCAAACAUGUCACCAGUGGAGGUUUCGAUCUCCAUCGGGAGAGUCAGCCCCGUUGUGGACCUGGCUGCACCCAACUGGCAUGGCAAGAUGUGAAUCAGUACUCCACCAACCUCUUCGCAGACGAAGCUCUUCGGAUCAUCGAUCGGCACAAUGCAUCCGAGCCGCUGUUCCUUUAUCAAGCCUGGCAGGGCGUUCACGCGCCAAGGCAGGUUCCAGAGUAUUACGUGGAGCCUUACCUGCAUCGAAUCAACGACACGGCCCGGCGCGCCUUCGCGGGGAUGGUCACGGCAGUGGACGAAGGCAUUGGGAACAUCACCAAAGCGUUGGAAGAGAAAAAAAUGUUGGCGAACUCAGUCGUCAUCGUUACCACAGACAAUGGUGGUCCCAUUGUGGACUGUGCAGGCAUUGGCGCUUCGAACCGACCCCUUAGAGGAGGUAAAUGCUCCUUGUGGGAAGGCGGCACUCGUGGCACCUCAUUGCUGUUCGCUCCUAGAUAUGCUCAGCAGAACUUUGCUUGGCAGGGUCUGAUGCAUGGUGCUGACUGGCUCCCGACUCUAGUGGAAGGGGCUGCUGAGCAGAGGAUCCUUCCAGGUGCCACCAAACCUCUUGAUGGCAUGAAUGUUUGGAAGCAACUCAUCGGAAACUUGCCGUCUCCUCGCCGCGAGCUCUACUAUGGACUCUCGGACUCAUCCGUGGGGCACCAUGGUCCUGCUCUGCGGUCGGGCCACUGGAAGCUCAUUGUGGGUACGGGUGGUGGCUCCGGAGAUCAUCCGCCCUGGUGGAGGAACUUCUCGAAGCUCCUGAACCUCACAGAUGACCAUCGACCCCGGCUCUUCAAUCUUCAAGAAGACCCAGAGGAGCGCUGCGAAGUCAUAGGACAAGACGAGCGCGUGAGUUCCAUGCUUUCGACCAUCCACGCCUACCAAGCCUCGUCGGUUCCGCAGCGCCAAGGGGACCCAAGCUGCCCUUCCUUUGCGCCGCACAAGUCGUUUGAAGGACCUUGGCUGGGGCCAUGGUGCGACGUCGCAGAAGUGGUGGUUUGAGCGCCCAAGCGCAGGCCGCGUUGUUCUAUGGUCCCUUUCCUUGCAGUUGGCUAUGAUUGUUGACAACUGGUUUGCAGGCUCCCAGCACUGUCAAAUUUCACGUCUACGACAAACUCAUAUCUCACCCCUUGUCAUCCUUGUCCCACUUGUGCCGCGCGUUGUUUGCAUAUUUGUUGGGGUGCGGCCUUCUCAAGUCCAUAUUUGGCUUUCAAGCCACAUUCCUCCCAGUCUGCACUGCUGGAGGCCCAGAGCCCAGGGCGGCGG